CAACAUCACAAAGCAACAGGCUUCAUUUUAUUUCAAUUACACAACCCUGAUUAUUAUCUAUCUGUCUGUCUGUCUUCAUAGUUCUCCUCUCUAAGGACUAGAACUGGAGAAUCUUUUCAUGAUGUCAUCCCACAACCCGCCCUAUUUAACUAGUAAACGUACUCCUUUUUAUGACAUCUAGAGCAGAAAAUAAUUUCACCCUCUUCCAUUGCUGAUAUCUACAAAUGCAUUUAGAGCCUGUGUUUUUAAUUUAAAAUUAUAAAUAUGCCUAAAUCAAGAUACCAUGCUAAUAUGAAGAAAGUUAACUGAUGAUAUUUCACUUAGCCAAGUAUGUAAAGUUGGCUAGCUAGCUAUUUAGCUAGCAGCUCAUUAGCCUGCACACAGUGGGCUGCUAUAGCUAGCUGGCUAAUAAUACAUCGUUUAACAUUUUCAAAAUGUACUUACUUACUUACUUGAAUAGGUUCAUGCCAACGAAGCGGCCAAUCUUUUGUUGCGAAGUGUUGUGGAGCGGAGCCAUCUCUUCUGGUCGAGACUUUACACACGCUUUGAAAACAUUCCAUACUUUUCGCGGUGUAUUUGAACGUUCUAAAAUUCCAAUGACAUUCAAAAUACUGUUGUCACAACAUAUGAUGAUUGCUUGUUGAUGUUUCAAAGCAAAUGCACAAACUUAGUGUCGCAGAGCCUUUAAAAAUUAGGUGAUAAGAUAUUUGACAAUAAUCGACGUUAUUGAUUUUGCACUCUACAGCAAAGGCAUAGGAGCAAUGGAAGAGAUUUGAUAGCCUCAUUUUAGUAGGCUAAAAUGUAUAUAUUUUUUCCCCAUUUAUCGAAAAAAAACAAUACUUCCUGGGAGGAUUAUUUAGUUUAACAUUUGAGGUGCAGGUACUCCGCUCUGAUAAGCUCCUGCCCAAGUCAAGCACUGGUUAAUACAUAUAGUUGAUUUAACUGUCACUGGUUACCAGACAUUCAAAGCUUACAUUUUUAUUUUUUGUUACUUUGAAAGCCCACCUGCCAUGUCCAAGCAGGUGUUAUGCUGGAGGAUCUUAGGAAAUUAGUCACUUGGGCUCACUCUCAUGGCUCCCACUGUCCCCACAAGCUUUGGCACAAGGGAAAACUUAACCCAGGGGUUGGGCAUCAGUGCAAAGUUAAUUGGAGAUGUGAGGUUGGACAUGCCUUCGACUGGGCCUUGACAUUUGCCACAGAGGUGAAAGUUGAGGAGGAAAAGACAGAGGAGGAGGUGGAUGUAGGUCAUAGGAGCAAGAGGAGGAGAAUACAACGCCUGUCCUCGGAUGAGGAAGAGGAAGGGGAGAUGGUAUAUACCCCAUUCAUUGGGAAUAUUACUGAUGAAAAUGGGGUUGAAUCCGACGUGAGCCACUGUAGCCUUGUGACCCAUGUGUCAAGAGAGGGAGGAGAUGCCCCAGUGAGAAUGCUGGAAGAGGCCUUGACUUUAAAGUCCAAGCAGCAGAGAACUGUGAAACAACCAUACUUUCCUAGGAUGAUUGUUAAGGAGCACCCCAAAGGCAAUAUCCACAUGGAAGUUAGGGUGGAGCUAGAGCAAACGAACAAGGAGUCAAACCAAGAGGGAAGGGGCAUUGAGAAGAGGACAGUUCUAAAGGAGGAAAGCCCAGGCCCAAAUGAAAACCUCAUUACAGCUCUUGACAUCACCCCUCUCCGAAGCUGCCUUUCAGACAUUGAGCGGGCCCCAGAAGAUGAGGAGUGGGCGACUCCUAAGGGUGGACAGUGUUCCCUCUCCCCUCCUAAACCUAAGCCCCUAUUCCAGGGCCAGGUUGAAACCCACAGGCAGGGCUCCUGUAGUGCUCCCGUCUUCCCACCUACACCUGAGAGAUCAGGUGUGGCCUCAGGGCACUGUCCCACUAAUAAAGGCAAGGUGAAGGCAGCACCCAAGAAACCAGCAGAGAAAAGGGGACCAAAGAGAGCAGAGGCCAGCCUGGGCAAUCUCAUGACCUUUGUCAUGUGGCUAAACUCUCAAAACCAUCCGGGGGCCCGCUGCCCAGGCAGCCUGCCUAUCGCCGAGCUGGACAGGUUAUUGGUCGCCUUCUUCCAGUAUGUGUGGGAGGAGUCCCGCCUGCAGGCCCUGAGCAGCAGCACUCUUACAACAUACGCCCGUAUGCUGGACCGUGAUCUGCAGAACCAGGGCUGCAGCUUCAGUAUCCGGAAGUCAGCCGAGUUCACAAACACCAUUAGGGAACUGGAUAGCUGCUGCCAGCACUUGAAGCAGAGAGAGUGGGACAGAGACAUCCUGGUGAUCCAAAGCUUGAGGAGAGAAGAGGAGGCUGCACUGAGGCAGGCAGGGGUCCUGUCUAGGGCCACACCGGAUGGGCUGCUCAACCUGGUCCUGCUCAACAACCUCAAGGCCUUUGGGAAGUUCCACCUCCAGGGAGUCUGGCCUGGGCGAGUCUCCGACUUCCACACGGCCACGGAGACCCACCCAGGGACGGGCGACGGGGAAAAACUGGAAUACCUGGAGUGGAACAAUACUAAUUUCCCAGAACAGAGCCCCGUACGGAUGCACGGCCUGGCCGACGAUCCAGAACGCUGCCCCCUGUGGGACUACAAGCUCUAUGUAUCCAAGCGUGUUGGAAGCCACCUGAUCGCCUCUGAUGCAAUGUACUGUUGCCCACUGAGCCAGUAUAGGCCCUGGGAUAAUUACUGGUUCAGCCGCCAUGCCAUGCCCAAACCUCGACUGGAAAAGAUUAUUAAGUCUCUGAGCCACCAUAUCCUCUCCGUUCGUAAUGGGAGGGCAGCAGCCGUAUAUUAGUCAGCAGGUACUGAUAGAAGAACAUUGAUUGUAUUUUAACUGUAUACUGUAUGUGCAUACAUGCAUUCAAAGUGUGAUAUCCUAGCAUGACGUGUGUUGUUUAAUUACACCAUUGAAUGUUGUAUGCUAUGUUAUGGUUGAAAUACUCAUAAAUGGUAUUCCAAAAAAAAUCUUAUAUUCAUGAUGGUCAUUCCUCAUGUUUCUAAGUUACUCCAGUCUCCAGCCGCUCUCAUAGUCUCCAGCCGCUCUCUCUCGUGUCAUAUUUACUGUACCUUAACUUACAUACUGUAGCCUGCAUGAGAGAGUUACAGAAAUGAGGAGCGAGAGAGAGAGGAUCUCGAUCACAGAAUUCAAUAGAACACAACUCUAUGCUUACAAUCACAACUCUUACUUGUCCCGAAGAUAACCCACGCAAUGCCACACUACUACCAGCUAGUGCUUUUUAUUUGGCUAGAUUGCAGUAGACUUUAGUCUUGAAUCUUUAGUCCUGAACAUGCACAUGAAAUGAAACUGAUUUAUUAUUUACUGUAUGACUUUCAGGACAGGAGCAUAUACAAUCUAGUACGAUACCACAACCUUGUACAACGUUAUAAAAUGUUUUAAGAAUGGCACUUUGAAAAUGUUUUGUGAGAAACAUUGUGAAGGGUAAUUCAAACGUUGGACAAGGGAAACCUUUUUCUCCUAAAUCAAAACGUUGAGACAACGUUGGUUCUAAUGUAACCAAUAUGCAACCUUGUAGAAUAUAACAAAAACACUCUGUCAGCUGGGUACACCUCUAGGAGAGCAUAAUAGUUUGGUCAAUGAGAGAGAGAAACAGGAUAUGGAAAGGAAUUAUAACAUUACUAUUUGAAUUUAAAAAUGGAACCUUUAUUUAACUA